GAUUGAUGUUGUUUCUGACUCUAAUCGGAAUAAUGUUAAUUAAACACUUCUGUCAUAAAAAAUAAUAAGUGGAAAUUAAAAGUCCAGAAGCAAUUUAAAAUAAUUUACAUAUUGAUUUAGGUGAUUAAGAAGUUAUACCAGAUUCUCAUUAAUCACAAUUACACAAGCAAUAAAAUUAAGUAAAAUCACAAAAAUAAUCUAAUACUCCAAGUAGAAAAAGCAAACAAAAAAAAGAAAAAUAACUAAUGGGUGAGAUUGCAUUUUAGUUUAAUGAUGAUAGUGAUAACGAGAAUGAAAAAAAUUCAUCAGGGACUGAUUAACAAUAGUCUAUAAAUAUGAGAGAAUAAGCAGGGUUUAAUUUUUAAUAAUCUGAACAUAAUUUAGAGGAGUUAGUAACGCCAACAUAAGUAAAUAGUUAAGAAAUUUGA